UUGCAUUUUUAUUUUCUGCCCCCUGACAUUUUCUGCCAGGGUGUCCGUUUCUUCUGUGGCAUGAGGCUACAGCAGACGAUCUGCAAUCUAGCAGUUCUGGUUUAAUUCUAUAUCUUCACAGUCCUAAAAGCAAGUCGGGGAGCUGGAGAAUCAACUCAGUCAGUACAGUGCUUGGCGCAUGAGCAUGAGGGUCUGAGCUGGACCCCUAGUGUCCAUUAAAAGCUAGUGUCCAUUAAAAGGAGAGCUGUGGCGGUAAGUACCUUAACUCCAGGGAUGGGAAAGCGGAAACAGGGCUCACUGAUCAGAUGCCCCAUCCCAAAAGAGAGAAUAUGCCUAAAAAAAAAAAAAACAAGAUGGAUCACACCUGAGGAAUGGCACCCAGGGUUGACCUCUGGGCUCCAUAUACACAUACAUAUAUGAGCAUUCGCAUGUGUGCACGUGCAAGACACACACAUGCACAUGCAUAGGGCAGGGGUGUCAAAACUUGCAGGGUGGUACAGGCCUGUCACACCAAACUUGGAAGGUGGAGGCAAGUUCAGGAGUUCAAGGUUUCCUUUAGCUAGAAACCAAGUUGGAAGGCAGUAUGAGUUACAUAAGACCUUGUCUCAAAAGAAGAAAUUCUGACAGGUUAUAUUAAGUCAUUGGUAUGACUGUAUUCUUUUUUUUUUAAAGACAUGAACAAUAAAUUUGAACUUCGUUACCUUGCUUGUUUGUUGGUUGGUUGAUUGGUUGUUGUUGUUGUUUACAUUUUUAAACACAGCCUUUGCAAUAGACAAGGCUGGCCCUUAAGACCUGACUCUCCUGCCUCUGCCUCCCAAGUGCCCAAACUAAAGGCAUACCGUCAGACACGCAUGGUUUGUUUCAUUGUUGCUGUUUGUUUUGUGGUUUGUUUGGCUGUUUUGUUUUGUUUUGCUUUGUUUGAGACAGGGUCUCACUAUGUAGCCCUGAGUUCCUGGGACUCUCUGUGUAAAACAGACUAGACUUAAACUCACUGAUAUCAUCCUACCUCUGCCUCCUAAGUACUGGGAUUAAAGGCAUGGGCCACCACGUCAAACUGGUAUUUUGAUUUUUGAAAUAGCAUUUCACACUGUAACCCAGGAUAUUCUGUACUUUACUCUGUAGCCCAGGUCAGCCUUAAUUUCUCAGCAAUGCCUGAUUCACUACUAAGUGCAGGAAUUACAGAAGCGUACUUGUAAGCCAAGCUUCUUAUUAAUGUCUGUCUGUCUGCCUGUAUGCUUGUUUGUCGUUCUGAGACAGGGUCUCUGCAGCCCAGGUUGACCCUAAACUUACUAUGCAUCUGAGGGUAGACUUGAUCCUGUGAUCUUCCUCCUUCCACCUCCCAAACAUUAGAAUUAUAGGUGUGUGCCACCAAACCUAGCUUAUUGAUUACUAAUAUUAAAAAUAAGAAUGCUAGGAGUAACGGAGAGGCAUCAAUCAGAACUCUACCAAUUUUUUUUUCCGGAGCUGGGGACCGAACCCACGGCCUUGUGCUUGCUAGGCAAGAGCUCUACCACUGAGCUAAAUCCCCACCCCCGAGAGGCAUCAAUCAGGACAUAAAAUGAAUAGAUAAAUAAUUAAUGGAGAAAAAUUAGGAAAGUUAAAUAAGUAACCUACUUUACACAUUUGUAUAUCCAUUGACAUCUACCCAAUUCUAGCCCUCGUGGGACACACAGAGGUUGACCAGAUGUUCUUUUUUCUUGGCUGUCUUUUCUAUAAUUUCAAUAUCUUUCUAGAGCCCACACAAGGCUCUCUGUCUCUGCUUAGACUGACAACUAUGAUGGCAGUGUAAGAAAUCAUUUCUGUGUCUUCUUCAUUCCACAGACUGCUUCUGGCGUAAUGAUCCAUUCAUUGUCUUACACGCAGCCCUUUCUUUAUGGAGGACCAUGACAUAGCCACAGAAGAUAGUUGGCUACCAGGUAUCUUUGCCUCUCUCUCCUCCAGUCUGAGCAAAGUUGCCCCGUUAUCUUUAGUUCAUGCCUAUACCACCUUUCUCUAGUAAAACUGUUGAUCUGAUCUGUAAACAGCCCCAUUUUUAUUUAGAAAAAGGCUAUGACUUGUAAUAAAUGUACGACAUAGAAAGGUCAGACAUCCUAUCUGUUAUUCAGGACAUUUGGCACUAUGAAAGCAUAGGAAAACUCGAGAACAUUAUUUAAGUUGGUUUGGCCACACCUCCAGUUCUUUUCAUUCUGACAAGGGGGUCCGGGGUUAUAACUGACCGUGAAACUCUGGUGUCUCUCUACCGCCAUGCUAUUCCUGUGUCCACCACCAUAGUUUCCAGAGCAGUAAAAGGCCAGCUUUUAUCCUCUGACUCAGCCACCUGCUGGCCUGUUUUUUGUUGUUUAUUUUAAUGCUCGUGUUAGUCGUGUGGGGGUGCCCUAGGAAGACAGAAAAAGGCAUAGAAUACUCCAGAGUUGUUGCAGUCUGUCUCGUGUAGGUGCUGGGACCACACUUGUUUCCUCUGGAAGCAUCAUCAAGUUCUGUUAAUGACUGAUCCACAUCCCUAGCCAUCCCAGUUCUGAAAUGUACAAAGGAAAAUGCUGGGGUGGCCGGAGCAGAAGCGGAGAACAACGUUCUUGAUGACUGGUGAAGCCGGACAAGCCUGAGUAAAUCCUAUUACGUCUCUUGAAUGAUUCUGUACUGAUUUAAAAAAAAAAAAUCCUCUGUUCAUCCCAUGGGACUGUCACAAAAAUAAAACAAAAACAGGAAUAGGAAGGUCUAUUUUCACACACAUGAAAAGUUGCUGUUAUUAUUUUCAACUUUAGAGUCUCUUCUGCAGUGUGGCUUUUAUUUCAGCCAUGUGACUGCUGCAUACACCACUCCAGACAGCAGUCAUUCAAGUUCACUCUCAUCCGUCCUUUGUCUACUGUGGAUCCCGUCAGCCCUGGGACGUCCAUCCCUUUAGUUCACGUGCCUGCACUAAUCCCAACAUAACACAGAUCCCCCAUACAGGGAAACACGGCACGGAGCACUUGGAUAACAAAACAAAACUGAGGCUGUAACUGUCACGUACCCUUCAAAGGUUAUACUCGAAAUACCCAGCAAGGAAUCAAAGGGAGAGAGAGACCUGAUCGAGAUAGAAAAUGCUUCUGUUGUGUGUAUGGUUAUACGUAUCUGUAAUCCCAAGCCCCAGGAAACAAAAUCAGGGAGACUGUGAGUUUAAAGAGUGGCCUAGGCUACAUAGUAAGACCCUGCUCGUCCUCAAAAAUAAGAUUCUGGAAGGAACCCGUGUGCUAGGUACUUCCACAAUCAGGGAUUUGUCCCGUUCAACUUUCAUGCCCCAGAAACAAGAUAAUAUUCUGUGGUUCCUAAGAAUCAGACAGAGGGGGGCUGGAGAGAUGGCUCAGCGGUUAAGAGCACUGACUGCUCUCCCAGAGGUCCUGAGUUCAAAUCCCAGCAACCACAUGGUGGCUCACAACCAUCUGUAAUAAGAUCUGAUGCCCUCUUCUGGUGUGUCUGAAGACAGCUACAGUGUACUCACAUAUAUAAAAUAAAUAAAUAAAUCUUUUUUUAAAAAAAAGAAUCAGGCAGAGGGAAACAGACACUUGAGUACACAUUCGUUGGUAGGGGUAGAGGUUGGACUGCUUAAUAGAUCCACAGUAAUAAACUCAGGGAGUUUUAACUUCUACCCAGGCCAGAGAUGCAGUUCUUUGGCCUAGCACUUUUUGUAGGACUCUCCCAUCAGAGACUGCAUCCAAAGAAUGUCGUUUGUAACCACAGUGAAGAACUCCUUAGUGUGUGUGCUUUUAGUACAGACAGACCUGUGGUAGUUGACUCCCGCGUCGCAUCUUUAAGUUGUAAACAUAUUAUAGGGAAUGAGUCUCGAAUCCAAUGUCCAGUGUGAAGCCAUCGUGUAGGUGUCAGUUCCCCAACACUCCCAAACCAAAACUUAUAUCAAGCUCCCUAAACCCCAGCUAGCUUCCCUCCCCUCUCAAGCAAUUAACCCAUCUAGUCCUUCCCACACCUACACCCAGCCAGUAAAUCCUAGGACAGGCCUGGUCUGUUCCUGAGUUUGGUCAGAAGUGGGCCUUCAUGAGGCUGCCCAGAAAGAUGCUCGCUUGUCCACAGUCUAGCCAAGCCUCUGCAUUCACUGCGUCAGUGAUCCUGAGCAUGUCCACAGAGCCUACCCAGCUUCCCCCAAGCCCAGGCUCCACCUGCUUCGCAGCGCGCUGGCGCACAAAGCUCUAGAUUCUACGGGAGGACCCUGAGAGGCCAGCGUGUCAUCAGUAGACUCAGCGGCCCGGGCAGGGGUCCUGUCCCAGUGUGGCCACCGCGCGUCGCCGGAACUACGCUUCCCAGGCUGCCCCGCUGCAGCCGCGCGCCCCGCGCCCCGCGCCGCGCCGGGCCGGGAGCCGCCUGUUGAUCUCAGCUCUAGACCGGGGCUACGGCAACGCCCCUGAUUGUCGGACCCGCGUACUCCGGGCUCUAAGGCUGCUGGCCAGGACCUUCCGCUUCGGGAUGGGCGCAAGCAAGGUGGUAGUGUGAAGUCUCAGGAAGCUGGCCCACUUGAAGGUGUGAGAGGAAGGUGAGAGGAAGGUGUAACCAUGGCGCUCCCCUUUCAGAAAGGGCUGGAGAAAUACAAGAACAUCGACGAGGACGAGCUUCUUGGCAAACUCUCAGAAGAGGAACUGAAACAGUUGGAAAAUGUUCUAGAUGACCUAGAUCCCGAGAGUGCAACACUACCGGCUGGAUUCCGACAGAAAGACCAGACCCAGAAAGCAGCCACUGGCCCAUUUGACCGUGAGCAUCUGCUCAUGUAUCUGGAGAAAGAGGCUUUGGAACAGAAAGACAGGGAGGAUUUCGUACCCUUCACAGGAGAAAAGAAAGGGAGAGUCUUUAUUCCCAAGGAAAAGCCUGUAGAAACUCGUAAAGAAGAGAAAGUGACUCUGGACCCAGAACUGGAGGAAGCCUUGGCCAGCGCCUCAGACACUGAACUCUACGACCUUGCAGCUGUCCUUGGAGUCCACAAUUUGCUCAACAAUCCGAAGUUUGAUGAAGAAACAACCAAUGGCCAAGGCCGCAAGGGGCCGGUGAGGAAUGUCGUCAAAGGUGAAAAGGCCAAGCCGGUGUUUGAGGAGCCACCGAACCCCACAAAUGUGGAAGCAAGCCUGCAGCAGAUGAAAGCCAACGACCCCAGCCUGCAGGAGGUCAACCUCAACAACAUUAAGAACAUUCCAAUUCCAACCCUGAAGGAGUUUGCAAAGGCUCUGGAGACCAACACCCACGUGAGGAAGUUCAGCCUGGCCGCAACCCGAAGCAAUGACCCUGUGGCCCUGGCCUUUGCAGAGAUGCUGAAGGUCAACAAGACCUUGAAAAGUCUGAAUGUAGAGUCCAAUUUUAUCACCGGCGCUGGGAUCCUGGCCCUGGUGGAAGCGCUGCGGGAGAAUGACACCUUGACAGAGAUCAAGAUCGACAACCAGAGGCAGCAGUUGGGAACAGCCGUGGAGAUGGAGAUCGCCCAGAUGCUGGAGGAGAACUCAAGGAUCCUCAAGUUUGGGUACCAGUUUACCAAGCAAGGGCCACGGACAAGAGUGGCAGCUGCCAUCACAAAAAAUAAUGACCUAGUUCGCAAGAAGAGAGUUGAAGGAGACAGGAGGUAAACCUCCACUAAAAGAGGUGACGUCUCACCAUGCGGCCAUCCAGAAAAACAUACACACAAUCUUCCUCUUCUCCACGGGACCAUUCUGUCUAAGGCUGUUCGUUUCCGUUAACCAUAUCCGUCAUAAUUGUAACUGUCACUCUUUUUUUAGCGCUACUUGUUUAUCCAAGGUUCUGAAGUGUGUGUAGCAGUCUGCCUCGCUCCUGGACACGCUUGGUGGCUUGUACAAGUAGGAGGAUACAGAUCUUAAGACAGUGACAACACUGGAGAUGAUCUUAGCCACUUCCCUAUUGGGUUGCCUCGCUUUCUUAUGUGAACCUUUUUUAAUCGUGGAAAGGGACUUAGCGUGUAGCAUGUGUUUGUCGCUGACUGCACAGUGGAAGCCUAUCUCUGUUUACACACACGGCUUCGAGAUAGGCUUGAGUUCAUGAGAAGUGUGUGCGACUGACCACACAAGAAGUUAGUAUUGCCAGUCUUUCACAAAUUCUCCGUUAAUUCCAGAAAGAAAAAAAAAAGUGUCUCUACAUGCAUGUGUCCAGCUGAUAGAUGGUCAGUGGGAUCUCCUUAGAAAGCACUUUAACGUAGCACUAGCAAAAGGACUGUUUAUUACCCCAUGAUUUAUUAAUAACUCACACACUUACCUUUACUGACUUUUAAACAUGAGUUAAACAUAUUUGUUUAGGUGUGUGGUACUGGGAACUGUACCCUGGGCCCUGUGCAUGCUGGGCAAGCACUCUACUCCUCAGCUCCAUCUCCAGCCCGAGUUAUAUUUAAAAUGAUUCUCUAAUAGGAACUAUUCACAAAGCCAUUGAAAGACUUUUCAAUGGGAAACUUUUAAAUUUUUUCUAAAAGAAAAUUUCAAAAUGGUACAUUCCCAAGUAAAACAACUAUAACAGUGUCUUAGGGGCGAGAGAAAUGGCUCAGCCGUUAAAAGUGCUUGCUACUUUUCCAGAGGACCGGAGUUCAGUUUCAGCACCCGGGCUGAGCAGCUAACAAUAGUGUAUAACUCCAUCUUCUGAGGGAUGCGAUGUCUCCAGCCUCUGAGGGCAUCCACACAUAUGUGUACUUACCACCCCCAUGUCAUACACAUGAUUAAAAAUAGACUUAAAAGAUAUGGCACCUUAAUCAAAGUUUCUGGUACACAGUGAAUUUGACAGUGAAUUAAAUGAAUUUGACAAAUUUUAAAAGCGAUUGUUGGUUCAUCUUCAGCACAACCAGAUCGCCAGAUAAACUGGGGGGCAUUGUGGUUAAUUAUGUAGAUUUUUUUUGUCACAUGCAAUUGCUUCUUUGCCUUUUGGCUUAAAAUCAAGUGUUGAUUUUUGUCGUAUGUCACAGUAAAUCCAGUCAUUUGCCAACAUUAGGUUAAAAUGAAUUGUCAGUUGCUCAGAUAUCUGUCACCUCGAAGACAAAGCCCAUGAGGACACGACCAAAGUGAUCUGAAGUGAUUGAUCUCUUAGUAUAACAGCAGGACAGUGUAAUGAAAACAUAAGGUAACAAAGAUGGAAAUUUUUGGCCCCAAAAACUCGCUUCUCUCUCCUGCCAUAGAUAAUCAGCUCGUGUCAGCCACUGUCAGGUACUGUGCUAGCUGCCCUUCUCACUGCUGCCACUAAAUACCUGACAAAAGGAACAUAAGGAAAAGGGGGUUCAUCUUGGCUCACAGUUUUAGGGCGCCACCUACUGUGGCAGAGAAGAAUGGCAGCGGGAGCAUGAGGCGGUCGGUCACAUCGCAGUCACAGACAGGAAGCAGAGAGAGAGGAAUGUUGAGGCUCAGCCCACUUUCUCCUUUUCCUCCUUUUUAUUUAGUCUGGAGUUUCAGCCUAUGGAAUGGUGCUCCCAACGCUCAGGGUGAGUCCUCUCUCCUUGGUUAAACCUCUCCAGUAGCACCCCAAGUGAUUCCAAAUCCCAUCAAGUUGACAAUGAAGAUAAUUGUCCUAGCUUCUCCUGUCCUUCCUUUCCCUUUCCUUUCAUUACACAGUACCCCUCCUGUUUCCCUUCUUCUCUCUCUGUCUCUAAGUCAGUGGUUCUCAACCUGUGGGUCACAAUCCCUUUGAGGGUUGAAUAACCCUUCUAUAGGGGUCACUUAAAAGCAUCAGAAAACACAAAUAUUUACAUUACGAUUCAAAACCGUAAAAUUACAGUCAUGAAGUAGCAAUGAGAUACUUUUCUGGUUGGGUGGGAGUCACCCCAACAUGAGGAACUGUAUUAAAAGCAAUAAGAAGGUUGAGAACCACUGCCCUAAGUCCUAUAUAAUGGUGAUUACCUCUUAUGCUGUUGAUAGAACAAAAGAAGUUGCUGUCCCUAACAGUUGGGACAGCUGGUCCCCAUCCUGUAUAUUUUAGUUACUGUGGGUUCCUGAGGUGCUUGGUAGCAGUAAAACAAUUUAAUGGGAAACUAACAGACUGGAAAGCACUUGGAGUCAGGAACCUUAAAAAAAAAAAAAAAACUGGACACUUGGAGGGAGAAACUGGACACUUACUGUGCUAUAAAUACCCACCACAGCCAAAGCAAAAAUUCCCUGACACAUCUCAUUUUCUUGGCUCAUUUUUAUGCUCCUCAGGACAUAAUAAGUAGGGUAUUCUGACAUUUUUUAAGUCAUCCCCCAAGUUCUUUAGCUUAAUACUUUAUCUUCCUGUCAAUCUGAAAAUAUAUUUGUUUUGUCUUAUUCCUUAAUCUGAUUUUUCCUUCCUUCUCACCCACUUGGGUGUGGUAUUGGAGCCCGUUUGUAUAGGUUUGCUGGUUGUUUGGUUUUCAAGAAUUCUUUGAAUUAUUGCUCAAAAUAGCCCUAUUAAAAAUUAAAGUGUGGGGGUUGGGGAUUUAGCUCAGUGGUAGAGCGCUUGCCUAGCAAGCGCAAGGCCCUGGGUUUGGUCCCCAGCUCCGAAAAAAAGAAAAAAAAAUUAAAGUGUGGGGCUGGAGAGAUGGCUCAGCAGUUAAGAGCACCGACUGCUCUUCCAAAGGUUCUGAGUUCAAAUCCCAGCAACCACAUGGUGACUCACAACCAUCUGAAGUGAGAUCAGAUCCCCUCUCCUGGUGCAGCUGAAGACAGCUACAGUGUACUUAUAUAUAAUACAUCUUUAAAAAGAAGAAUUUAAAAAAAUUAAAGUGUGGUAGGACACCCCAGUGAUCCUAGCACUUGGAGUGAAAGCAAGAUCAGCGUUGGCUACAUAGGAAGUGUGAAGCCAGCCCGCUCCCUGAGACCCCAGUGCAUGCUCCCUCAACCAAAACAUGUUAAGUGAUGUGUACUUACAGUUAAAUCAACUAUAGUAAAGGCAGAACUACAUUCUUGAUAUUAUUUACAUAUAUUUCGCCUAUGAGGGAUAAAUACCAUCGUGAUGUGCUAUAUGGCACAGGUUUUCCCUGCCAGCAUUAACCUUUUGGCCAUGGUGAGAAGAGUCCUUGGGAAUUAGCAAUGAGUAAGAAACUGGCUCCUUUCUACCCUCUAGAUUGUUGGCUGAUAAGCAGUCAUCAGUUCUACCUGGGUGAAAUGUGUAGGUUGUAUUUUAAUCAGAAUUUUUGGUUACUCUGUUGCCAAAGGAAGGAUGCUAAGUGCCCUUCUUCUCUCUCAGCCAUAGUCUUCUUUAAGAGCACAAUCCCUUAACAAGCUUCCUUUCCCCUUUUUCAUUCACUCUCUUGCCUUCAUUCCUAAGAAACCCUGACCCUGCAAAUUAUCGUCUACAGCCCUGUAUUGUGGAGAGUGGGACUGCAGUUGUUGGCACACCCUGGCAAAAAAGCAAGAAAAAAAAUCAGAUUUAGAUAUUAGCUAUUCCUUUUUACAAGGCGUUAUUAAUACGAUUAAGAUUGUAGAACAUCAUUUUUAAAAUCAUGCUGGUUUUAGCUUAUGAAUUUGUAAGACUAUUACUAGUCAGCUGUUUUACCAUGGGUUUUUAAGUAGCAUGUAAAGUGUCAUCUCCAUCAGCAUUUACAUUUUGAAGGUAAUGACUAGAAGAUAAAGUGUACAUCUUGGGGAAUCCAUCAAAUCAUUUAAUUAGAUGAGGACUUCACCUCCCACCUGCCCAGAGUGGGCCGUUAGUUUCAUCCUGAUGAGACGUCAUAUGUGUAAAUUAUUUUUAUAAGUAUCUAUUCCACUAGCUAGUGUGUUGAGCUGUUUGCUAAGGCCUGACUAGCUGCUUGGAGGGAGCUCAUGUUUGCCUAAGCCUGCUCCCCUUUACAGUUGCACAGGCCCUUAAGUGACAAGUCACUCACCUGAACUUGACUCGAAGGCUCCUGUUGCUGAUGUCUUGUCAUGUCGCCUGCAUGUAGAUGGCUUUUAGGAGAUAAUUCGUCAAGUCUAAAAAUGCUAAGUAGCCUAGCAGUACAGUAUACGUGCAUCUCUCUGGCUGCCUGAUGUGGGCAGCAGAAGCUUCUUCGUCCUUAUCAGCAUGAUCAAAUCCCUUGAUUGCAUUCUCUCUCUCUCUCUCUCUCUCUCUCUCUCUCUCUCUCUCUCUCUCUCUCUCUCUCUCCUCGUGUGUGUGUGUGUGUGUGUGUGUUGUCAGAUAUCUAACUAGGUAUUUGGCUACAUCUGGACAACUGAUUGAAGGGGAGGCUCUCUCCCCAGCUCCACUCUCCUUCCCCUUUAGAGCUGCCGCAGACUGGGGUUCAUGGGAAAUGACCCCAGAAUCUGCAGUUUCUGUCACCCACCACAUUUCAAAGUUGCGUGAAGGAUGACUCUUGGAGAAGUCACUGGAUUAUUCCCCAGGAGAUACUCCUAUAUGCCUAGCGUGUGACUCGUUCCAUACUUAACACCCAUCAGCGCCCUUCUUCCACCUCUGUGGGACACACUGUAUAUAGACAUUUUGUACAUAGAGAUCACCAAAUACUGUUGUGAGGUAUUUGGCUGCAUGUGGACCAUGGAUGGAUGGGACCACGCCUCCCUUGCUCCUCUCAGGGUUGUUGGGGGCCCAGGUUAGAGAAUCACGUGCCUGGAGGGGCAGGGGCUGUUCACCCAUCUUUCUGCACACAGCUCAUCUUUCAGUAGAAGCUCAUUUCCAUGUUGAAGCUCAAAAAUUAUCACAGUGCCUGUCCUCUCGGAGCCAGCCUUCUUAAAGUUAGACUGGCGUACCAGACCGUAAACAGCUGCCUCUCUUCUAUCCGGAGGUGUGGCCCCUGGUGGGCACCAGCAUUAUGGAAGCCACUGCUUUCUGAAUAACUGCCACAUUUCUCACAAGUAUGGAUUUGGUGUGAAAGCGUCAGCAGGCUCUCAUGCUCAGACAGUCCUGGAGAGUGGGUAAAAGUGUUUGAACAGACUUCCUUUUUCAUGGCUGAGAAGUAUUCUGCUCUCUCCUCGAUACUUUGAAGGAGGCAAGAAACCUAAUUCUGAACUGAGGAGUUUACGCGUUCAUACUGGGAUGACAGGGUGUCUUUUUGGAAGGUGGUUACUGGAGAGUCGUGGCUUCUCAGUUCCCACACCCCACUCUUCCCUUCUCACUUAAAAGACUGAAAGGCACUUAAAGGAAAAGUAUGAAAACAUUGUAAAUAUCAGGGUGGUCCCACUGGGUAAAUUACUGAGCAGUCUUUUGGAACUAACUGGCCAGAGAAAAGAACCUUGGUGUUCAUUCUUUCCUUGCUCCCCAGUUCUAGGUCUGACUGUACUCAACAGAGUGGCUCGAGAUCCUUUCAAAGGAAAAGGACUGGGGACUUAAUAUUUACAUUAGUUUAAUGGCAGAGCUCAGUGCCGCUCACUCCUCUUAACUGCCUGCCCUUCAACCUGACAGCAAUGACUGAACCGUCACUAGAUACCUGAGUGAUGGGUUGCAAAUUUUAAGUCUGUAUCCUGGGUUCUGUCCUAGAAAUAGGACAGAGAAUAGAAUCAGAAGUGAGGCCUAGCUAGGACACGCUGUUGACUUGGAAAAGGUGAAGGGGAGACCAUGAAGUCAAGGACAGAAAAGAGGAACUAGCUAAUUAGGCUUGAUUGGCUGUGUCUUGUGGCAGUUGUUUGGAGCAUGUUGGCUCAGCUGGUUGGUAUGGUGGAUGGGUACCAUACCAACGGAUUUGCAGGCUAAAUCCCAAUCCCAUUACCAACACUUAGCAGGUGUAUGAUCAUGGGCAAUUCACUUAAUUGCCUGACAAUUAUAGACUAUAUGGGGGACAAGCACCAGAAACGGAAUCAGGUGACCUAAACACUUGACUCCACGCUUUCUUAGCUGGGGGACUUUGGGGGAGCCACUUGCUCUCUCAAGCCUGAAGCUACCCAGCUGUUAAAUGGGAACAAUAUCUUCACUAACUACCUCACAGAGUCGUAAUGAGAAAUAAUCAGAUAAUUGGACGAAGACAACAUAGAAAGUAGAAAGCACGGCACAGAAGUACAUGGCUUUAGUCAGUCACUAAUGUUCCCCACUGCCUCUUAGUCUGUUUUGUUCUGACCAAUGGUUCAUCUUUUGGAGUAGGGCAAGAAGCAUGGGUACUGUGUAGGGGACUAGAAUUAUUAUAAUUUACACAUAGAAAUGAGAGGUGGUUGAUGGGGCGGUGGGUGUUAUAUUUCAUGAUACAAGUGAUAGGUCAUUUUUCCCACUUUAUAAAGUGCUGGAGAGAAACUUAGUAAGGCAAUGAUGUGCUUGCCCAGUAUGCACAAAGUCCUGGAUUUGAUCGCCACCACUGGAUAGAUAAACUGGGCAUGGUGGCACUAGCCUGUAAUCCCAGCACUCAAAAGUUGGAGGCAGAGGAUCAACUGCUCAAAUUCAUCCCUGGCCACAUAGUGAAUUUGAGACCAGCCUGGACUACAUGAGACCCUGUCCCAAAAACUUAAAAGCUCCUUAGGAAGUGGUCACAAUCCUUGUAGAGACUGGACCCAAGAAGAGAACUCAAACAGUUACUAAGAAUUCAGGCAAGAGUGCUACCGUAGCCUUCCUGUCAUCACUAAAAGAGAUGGAGGCUAAGCAAUAAAGGCAUCGCUGGCAACCUUGGAGAGCGUCUCCUAGGGACUCCAAGAGUGUUCAUGCCUAGCAUCUGUGUACUGGGUGUGUACUAGUGCUGGCACUGGAGGGGAGAAAGCUCUCUGGGGCUGCAGCUACCUAUCACCAGCAACUCAGCCCUAGUCAGUUCUUUAUUUUGGCCAAGAAAAGCACUGGAGCCUGGCCUCACAGGGACGGGGUCCCAUCAGUCCUUGUCUCCUUGGUACCAUCUAAUAAGGGGCCUUGUACAUAGUAGAUGCUUACUCCGUGUUGCUUGCUGUGCAUUGUCCUCCAGCACUACAGAAUUAUACUCUGUUUACAACCAUGUGAGAGAGCUAUAUAGACACACAGACACACACACACACACACACACACACACACACACACACACACACUUAAUUAUACCAGUGUAGAUGCCAGCUCUCUGUGACCUUGGCCAUCUAUCUUAUGUUCGUUUCAUCUAUAAAACAGUACAUUCUCUAAAGUCCCUCCUAGAUCCCAAACACUACAAGCCUGUGAUUCUGAACGUGGAUGGGUAAUGUAUCUGCCCCAGCUCCUGCUCUCUCCAGGAACAUCCUGCAGACAGCUGCUUGGUCCUUCUCAGCAGCAUCUGAUGACAUCAGAGUUACUGUGGUGGAGCAGUCUCAUCAGAAAUGCUACUUCAGGGCUGGGAAGGUAGCUUAAUGGUAGAGCGUUUCCUGACACGUGGGUUCAGUUCUCAGCACUACAAAAUAAUAAUCAUAAUCAUAAUAAAAAACUUAAAAGUCUUUGAAUACUUCCUUCAAAAACAGAAAGGAUAUUCUUUUUUUUUUUUUUUUUUUUUUUUUGGUUCUUUUUUUUUCGGAGCUGGGGACCGAACCCAGGGCCUUGCGCUUCCUAGGUAAGCGCUCUACCACUGAGCUAAAUCCCCAGCCCCAGAAAGGAUAUUCUUAACAUAUCUAAUAUCUUUCUCCUUAGAAUCAGAGAGAAAGAAGGGGAAGAAAUACAAAAGAAGAAAGUGACCAGGAUAGGUUUUUGUUGGCUUGUAUUUUGUGUCUGUGUAUUUGCAUUUCCACACACAUUGAUUGCAUGCCAGGAGACAAUCAAACAUGCAUUGUGUGUUGCAAGAAACUGGUCCAGGAUUUAAACUUCUAUGGACACCAUCUAGAUGUGGAUAGGCAGAAAUUGGCCAAGCAGAGAAAGGAGAUGGAUACAAAGUACACUUCCUGAGUAAUUUUACUUUAGUACCAAAUGUUAGCCAUGACAAUCUUUAUUUAAAUUAUUCUAAGCCAGGCACGGCAGUGUCCACCUGUGAUCCCUGCACUUGGGAGGUGCAGGAGCAGUGUCAGAUGUUCAAGGUCAUCCUCUGAGGCAUAGCAAAUUCAAGACCAGCCUGGGAUACACAAAACUUUGUCUUACUUUUUAAAAUAAAUAUAUAAAUAAAAUAAUUUGUAUCCCUGCUACUUUCUUUUUAAGACCAAAACUAUGUACAUGAAGAAGCAUAUUUAUAUUUUAAGUAAGCCUUUAUCUUAAUCUUGCUUCAUGUUUUUCAGAAAACAAGCAGCAUUUUUUCAUUGCACAUAAAAAUGUAAAAUUCUUGCAUGCCACCAGUCCUAAUGGCUUACGAGUUCUAUGCCUGUCAAGUGUGACCUCAUGUGUAUUGUUACCUAUAUCCUGUUGAAGAGACUAAGGGACAUAAUAUUCUUGUAAACUUGUAAACUUUGUUGGUAACAUUUGUUUACUUGAGCAGAUACUGAAAAGCCACAAGGCUUUAUUUUUCGUUUGAUAUUUUUUGAUCAAAGCUAGAUGAUUGGUUAAUUCACUAGGGACCUAAAGACUAACUUGCCUUUUAAAUGUGAAGUUGAACAUCUUAAAAAGUGCAAGACAAAAAAAAAUGUAUAGAGUGUAAACUAAUUUUAUCCUCAUAAUAAGGAACCCUAUUGGCCCAAAAGGGUGUAAUUUUGGGCCCUUUGGAAUUAGCCACCCAGAACUAAUGUUAAGCUAAAUAUAAACUGUUUUAAUUAACCAAUAUCUUUCUGCUUUCAAAGAUGUCAUGUGUUCACUUGUGUCUGGAAUGUUAGCUGUAAAUUAAAAUGUAAAAAGAGGUGGGGAGGGGGGAUGUCAAUAAACUUAACUUUAAAUGUAAA